AUGAAGGUGACGGAUCUGUUCAAAGUCGAAACCCUCGACACUCGCUUUGCCUCGUCGACUGGCCAGCCUCGUCCGGACGCCCAGCCUGCACGAUGGAACACCCCCGAAUACUGGUUGUACGGCCUCUGCUUCGCUUCCAUCCCAAUCUUGAUGUUCAAGGCGGUAUAUGAUGUCUCGAGACCGGAACACCCUAGCUAUGAACACUAUGACGACCUCCUCUCCCCAGGCUGGAUACCUGGAAGGAAAGUCGACAACUCGGACGCACAAUAUGCUGGAUUUCGCGAGAACAUCCCUUACAUGGCUCUACUUCUUGUGCUACACCCAUUAUUGAGAAGAGCUUAUGAGGCCAUUUCAUCUCCGAAAAGAAUUGAAGGUGCGAAUGGUGUGAAACCACACUCUGGAGCCGUCUCUUCCAAAUCUGCGGACGACAGGAAGGAAACACGAAUCUUUUUCGACGUUGUCUUUGCCGUCAUAUUUCUGGUGGCACUGCAUGGCGUUUCAGCUCUGAAAAUCUUCUUUAUCCUCUAUCUGAACUACCAGAUUGCGACUACAUUGCCACGUCAAUACAUUGGUACCACGACCUGGGUGUUCAAUAUCGCUCUGCUUUUUGCCAACGAACUCUGCCAUGGCUACAAAUUCGCAGACAUUGCUGCAGCAGCACUUCCCCCCACCACGACUGCUGCUGAUAAGCCACUUGAGGACAAUUGGGGAACCUGGAUCGACAGCUAUGGCGGCCUCAUUCCACGAUGGGAGAUUCUGUUCAACAUUACAGUCUUGCGACUGAUAUCCUUCAACUUUGACUAUCUUUGGUCGAUGAAUCGAAGAGCCAGCAGCCCAAUCGAGAAGAAAAACCUCGAUCCUGGAUCUCUUUCAGAGCGAGAUCGUGUUGCAUACGGAGCACAACCGUCUGACUUCACUUUCCGCAAUUACAUCGCGUACAUCCUAUACUCGCCGUUGUACCUUGCUGGACCCAUCGUCAACUUCAACGACUACAUCUCCCAAUGUCGAUACCCACUCCCAACGAUCUCCACAAGUCGCAUCAUUCCAUACGGCAUUCGCUUCGGGCUCUGUUUACUUUGCAUGGAACUUUGUCAACACUACUUGUACGCAGUCGCUAUAUCCAAGUCGAAUCCGGACUGGAAUGUGUACACACCAUUUCAACUAAGUAUGCUGGGAUACUUCAACCUACACAUCAUCUGGCUGAAGCUUCUUCUCCCGUGGCGCUUCUUCCGAUUCUGGUCUCUCGUGGAUGGCAUAGACCCACCUGAGAACAUGGUCCGCUGCAUGUCGGACAACUACUCGGCUCUGGCUUUCUGGCGAGGAUGGCAUCGAUCCUUCAAUCGAUUUGUCGUUCGUUACAUCUAUGUUCCUCUUGGAGGAAGCGAGCACUCCAGGCUGCGUCAUAUUGUCAAUUAUCUCGCCGUCUUCACCUUCGUCGCACUCUGGCACGACAUCAACCUCCGGUUACUCAUGUGGGGAUGGCUCAUCACGUUAUUCGUCCUACCAGAGGUACUAGCAACACUUGCCUUUCCCGCGAAGAAGUGGAAAGAUCGACCAAAUCAGUACAGGUGGCUGUGUGGUGUGGGGGCUGUUGCAAACAUCCUCAUGAUGAUGGCAGCGAAUCUUGUUGGGUUCGCUGUUGGGUUGGAUGGCUUGAAGGGCCUGGUCGAUGGCAUAGUUGGGACCUGGGGUGGCCGAGCCUUUCUCCUCGCUGCAUGCGCCACGCUAUUUGUCGGCGUGCAGGUCAUGUUUGAGGUCCGCGAAAGCGAGAAGAGGCGGGGCGUGAACAUGAAAUGCUAA